AUGUGGCGCCACGCUAAGGCUUCACUAUCCCAAUAUUGUCGAAAGAAACGAUUUUACGGAGGAUAUUUAGCGAAAUUCAUGUUUUUGAAACGCUGCAAAAUUCUAAAAUUAGAUCCGUUGAAAGAAUUUUUUAUUUAUACAGGAAACCUAUAUAAUCCGUUAGGCGCAAUUGAGCAAGAAUAUAUUGUAGAUGAUCAGGCGUCAGAUGAAUCCGAUUCUGAUAGUGAAGUUGAAUAUUGUUAA